UGUUUGACAGCACGCUGCGAGGCGACGCAUCAGGUCUAGUCGGCGGAGCUGAUCGGGACCCGAGCCGGGAGACGAGCACCGUCAGCACCGUCAGCACCGUCAGCAGCGUCUGGAAAUGUUUCGGAUAGCCUCCUCUGAGCUCUGGGUGCAGGUGCUGGUCUGGGCUGUUGAGGUCCCCGGGGUCCUAGCACCACUGUGACUGGUUCCUCAUGAGUCUCUUCUGCUCUUUAUCCCAUUCUUGUUUGGAUCUCUGCAACUGUCAGUGCUCAACACGUUCUUCUGGUGAGUGAGGGGUUGUUCCUCCCAGGGUUUGGCUUGAUCUCCACCAUGGCCAGGGAUCUCUUUAGCCCCCCAUCUCCACUUGGGGAUUCCCUGCUUGACAGUCCUCUGUGUGGAGACCUGAUGGAGGAUCUUCGGGACAUCUCCCAGUCUAUAGGAGAUGACACUCUGGAAUUUGAUUUUCCGGUGUACCAGAGCACUGGCUCAGGGUCUGAGAGCUCCAUCGCACUGGACACCUUGACCCCGGCCUCCAGUCCGUCGUCGGGGGUGUGUGCAGCUGCCCCGAGUCCAGAAGAGAGCCUCAGCCCCCUCAACCUGGAGUGCCGGGUGUGCUCAGACAAGGCCUCGGGCUUCCACUACGGGGUGCACGCCUGUGAGGGCUGCAAGGGUUUCUUCAGGAGGACCAUCAGGCUGAAGCUGGAGUAUGAUAAGUGUGAACGCAACUGCAAAAUCCAAAAGAAGAACCGCAACAAGUGCCAGUACUGCCGAUUCCACAAGUGCCUCGCCGUAGGCAUGUCCCACAACGCCAUCCGGUUUGGCCGGAUGCCUCAGGCGGAGAAGCUGAAGCUAAAGGCAGAAUGCAAGAUGGUGGAGAAAGAGGAGGCAAGCCCCAUGCUGACCGACCACAAGAUUCUGGUCGGGCAGAUCCACGAAGCCUACAUGAAGAACUUCAACAUGAACAAGGCCAAAGCUCGGCUCAUACUCACCGGAAAGACCAGCAAGCCGCCUUUUAUAAUUCACGACAUGGAGACGUUCCAGCUGGCAGAGAGCACGUUAACGGCCCAGGUGGUAAACAGUGACUGUCCGGAGCCCGAGAGUGGCCUCCAAGCUGGGGAGGUGGUCCUGGCUGCAGGCUGUGGGGAACUCCAGCAGAGGGAGGCUGAAGCCAGGCUCUUCCACUGCUGCCAGAGCACCUCAGUGGAGACGGUCACAGAGCUGACGGAGUUCGCCAAGGCGGUGCCGGGUUUCCAAAACCUGGAUCUGAAUGACCAGGUGACUCUCUUGAAGUAUGGCGUUUAUGAAGCCCUCUUCACCCUCCUGGCCUCAUGCAUGAACAAAGACGGCCUCCUGGUGGCCCGUGGGGGAGGUUUCAUCACCAGGGAGUUCCUCAAGAGCCACCGGCGGCCAUUUAGCGACAUGAUGGAGCCCAAAUUCCAGUUCGCCACACGCUUCAACUCCCUGGAGCUGGAUGACAGUGACCUGGCCCUUUUUGUGGCUGCCAUUAUCUGCUGCGGAGAUCGCCCAGGCCUGGUGGAUGUGCCUCAAGUGGAGCAGCUGCAGGAAAGCAUCGUUCAGGCACUCAGGCUCCACCUGCUGGCCAACCACCCGGACGACAACUUCCUCUUCCCUAGACUGCUGCAGAAACUGGCCGACCUCCGGGAGCUGGUCACCGAGCACGCUCAGUUAGUGCAGGAGAUCAAGAAAACAGAGGACACGUCACUGCACCCGCUCCUGCAAGAGAUUUAUAGGGACAUGUACUGAGUCGAUAGCACAUGGUCAUUAAGGGGGACAUGUAUUAGAAUAUUUAUGUAUGCCACUCAAAAACUGGUGUCCAUAAAUAUUUUCUGAUACUAUCAUUCACAUCAAAGUACUGUAAGUAGCGUAUUGUGCAGCUCCUGAGGAUGCACCCUGCUUUGAUCUGCAGUGGUAAGGCAGCUCUUGUAGGUGCUGUGGCUGCUACAAUGAAAGGGGAGACUGUGGGGAACAAACUUUUUGAUCUUACACCAUAGAUGUGUAGAGGUAUUUUUUUUUUAAUGCAUUGAUUUGAGAGCACCCAAUUGCUAUGGAUUGGGUCCUGGAUGCCAGCUUCUACUCAUGCAUGCACUGAUGCUAAAUAUUAAUCUUGAACAUAAAUUGAAUUGUGGUAAAAGAUGCAGACUUGUUAGAGAAAUUAUAACAUUCUAAUCCUUGAGGCAACUGAAAUGUUUGUCAUGCAAUAGGCAACUCUAUACCAAAAUAUUCCUAGUAUUUUGGAUAUUUAGUGCAUGUGAAAUGUUAAUACAAAUCGAUUGGAUUAUGUUCAGCUUUAUCAUGUCCUUUCAUUGUGUACUACUACUACUACCUUAUUGAAAUCAGCCACGUCUUCUUCAACCACUUUGAGAGUAGUGGUUGACGGAAAACCUGCAUCAGUAUUCACCAAGUGCCAUAAUGUUUCACUGCUGGAGCUCGUAUUUCCCAUACUAUGACCUCACCUUCUACAUUCACAACACAGCAAAACAGACGUCUAUUCAGUGUUUUAUCAGGGAAUGUUCUCGCAUCAUAAAUCACGAACAAGAAUGCAUUUUAAACAUGCAAUGAACUGAAAGGACCCUUGUUUCUACUGACUGCAGCCAUCAUUUAAAAAUAUUGUAAUUUAAUUUGUAAUGUAUUUAUUUUCAUCCUUAACCUACUGCUAAAAAACAACCCAACAUGAUAACAUAGCUUACCUAAGGUUUUUGUACAAAUCCUGCUUAAGACUUGUUAUUGGCCAGUGAAUAUUUUGACCACAAACACAAUAAUAUGUUAAGCUGGUUUAUGUUUUAUUUUGUAAAUAUAACAAGAAUGUGGUUGCCACAAUGAGAUUGUCUGCUGAUAGUAAAACAGACCUCAAAUAGAGGAGCCGGUUGCCUCAUUUUCUGUGUUACACUUCACCUCCCGAGUAUUGAAACACUGUUUCUUCUCAGAACGAAACUGUUUAUAUUUUGUAUCAUGAAAUGUACAAUAAAAAUACAUUUACUGAUUCA